UUAUUAUUAUUAUUAUUAUUAUUAUUAUUAACAGGUAAACUGCUGUGCCGUGUUGUCUACACGUGUCCACUUCUUUGCAUCAUGACAUCCAUAUACAGCAUGAUGGUCAUCUCCUACGAGCGGACGCAAGCCAUCGUGGUGGUGUCCUCUAGCAAGAGAUUCACAACCAGGACAACUAUCAUCGCCGCGGGGGUCAUAUGGCUGAUAGCUUUCACGUUCUGCAUACCCUCCCUAUACGAGUACUCCGAGUACACGAGCGAGGACCCGGAAACGAACGCCACCCUGUACAGGUGUGGCAGCAAUGGCGUGUCCUACGUCUUCACUGUAGCCAACGGUGUGGGGCUGCUGUUGGUCUCUUACAUCAUUCCUCUAAUAACUCUCCUGUGCAACUACACUAGGAUACUGCUCUUCUUCAGAUCCAUGGGAAUGUUCAGCAGUCAGUCCCAGCAGCGCGGGCAAGUGUUUCAGACAUUGUACAAAACGAGAAUGAUAGUGGUGAAGAUGUUAAUACUUGUUGCCACCUUCUUCAUUAUUUCAUGGGCGCCCUACUUCGCGCUGCUAAUUCUAGAGAAAAUUAGCGGAAUCUCCGAUUCACUCUAUUCUGACGGAGCCAUCAACAUGCUGCGAAUUGCGUUAGCGGCCUUCAGUACAGCAUACAACUUCUGCUUGUACGUCAUGUACAACCCCAACUUCCGGACUGGACUACUCGUAUUGUUUGGCUUCAGGCAAGCCCUCCAGUGCUGUUCUGUCAGGGUGUCGCCCUCCAUAGACUCGGACCCUACCCAGGGUCAGCCAGAUGACUGACAACAGCGAUACCUUUUGGUUUCUCAGCUUCAUUGUCAUCAGCAACGAAAGGUUGAGCGGGUUACACAACUAACCGAUCACACCUUGCUUGUGUCCGCACACGUAUGCCAACACACACACACAUAUUGAACAUACGCAUACACGAUCGUUACACAAAGAGAUACUCAUAUCGCAUGCCAGCUUGUGCGCACAUUGUCCAAGGUCCGCUGGUCAAGCUACAGCAUUGAAAAUAUUUGAAAUACGUUAGACUGAGGAGUCUGACCUCUCCGAACUUAUUUUUUGCGGAAAAGACGGGGACUACCAGAAAACGGGACGAGAGACUUUAGUUUUAAAUAAUUCCAUGAAUUACAAUGCAUCGGGAGGAUCGCACAAAAAUUUCUCCUUUUGUAUGAAUCUGAUCCUGUCUUCCCUGUAGCCCAAGCCCACCCCCACUCCUCCAAAUAGUUCAUCCACCAUCCAUCUCUUCAGCUGCUCGUACUCGCACCAUGGCCUUCAGUGAGUCACGCACCAAGCCUUAAUCACUUCUUAUUCAACAGCCGACCUUUGGCCUUUUGUCCUUGAAAUGUGUGCCAUAUAAGAAUAUUUGCCCGCACAUACACCUGAUGUGUGAUUGUAUUUAAAAAAAAUGUCCUCAGUACAAAGUUUACUGUAAUAUGUAUACCUGGAGAUAAGUCAAUACGAUGUAUUUAAAAGAAAUAUCAUUUGAUUUAAUUUGUGUCAAGUCGUGUUUUAAUCUGAGUAAAAAGUCAUCUUAAUUUCAUCAAGCAGUUAAAACAUGCGGACACUUGAACGGGUUAACACUAAGAAAUGUACAUUAAUAAAAAUUCUUUUGGAGGUAAUGCACAGAUCAGAUGACUACAUCCUGUUUUUUCUUUAAUAGUGCAAAGUAAAAAAGGAAAGAAAAAUGUUCGGUAUGUAGUUAAUGUGUAAUAGAUAUUCUAAAUCGUAUAUUUUACUGAUAAACAGAUAUCUCAUAUGUCUAUUUAUUAAUGCUGUUGCCAUGUUGUCUCGUAUGUUUUUGUGCAUAUUUGUGUUUUAUCAUGACAAACAUAUGUGUAUAUAUUUAGAAGCGCUUGUAAGCAAGCCUUGUCUAUUCUUCCGACGCUGGUACAUUGCAAUAACAACAUAUUUACUGGUCUUUCACAACACGGCCAUGAGUGGAGAACACCCUCCCCCAUGCUCUUUUUACCCGUGCAGAACGGAAUUUGGGUGAGGUAGCAUUUCAGUCCUCACUCCCCCUCAGCCCUCCACUUUCCACUUUCAGCGCUAGACUUCCGAUGACCUUCACGCAAGAUUGCGCAAGUUAGUGGGAAACGACACCAUAGCCAGCCAGUCAGCCAGCCAGUCGAUGCCAGGUACAGCGCCAUCACAUCGUGUAUUUCUGAGCCACCAACCAUGACAUUGAUUUCACGUGACAGACACUUCAAGGCACGAUUCGGCUCUGAAGCCACCAGACGCUUAUUAAACAUGGCUGCUGUAAGGUCGUAAUUGGCGUGUUCCUCUGUACAUCACGAACAGCAGUGAAUAGCAGUAAGAUAUUUUACCAAAGAAACUUUAGAAACUGAUUUUUUUUUGGUGGUAAUUUGACAGGCAUAACUUCUCAAAUAUUUGAAGUGCUCUCAGUGCACGAAGGGCUUUCAUUGUACAUACUAUCUUAUUAGUUUCGGAUUAAAUUGGAAUCACGAAACAGUCCAGACUAUCCAAACCCGACAUCAUUGUGUCCUUUGUAAACACUCAUUAGGCUUACGAAUGAUAUUUUAAAAAAUAUC